AUGAAAAGAUAUCAAAAAGUUUUCCUUACAUUUGCAUCAUUAAUGGCCGUUUGGUUUUUAAUUCUUAUAGAAAAGAUUCAAUUAAAUUUAUCUGAACCUGUACAAAGUAUUAUACCAUUUUUACCAUUAUACGCACUUGUUGUAUUUGGUAGUUAUUCAUUAGGAGUUAUUGCAUACAACCUUUUAAUUAUGAGUGAUUGCAAAGAAGCCGCCGAUAGUUUAUAUGAUGAAAUUAAAGAAGCCAAGGAAUCAUUAAGAUCAAAAGGAAUGAAAUUAUAA